GCUCAGCAUCACUUACACACACUCUAUGGACUGUACGAUCAACAAUCAUCUGCCUGUUUGUCCCGAUCACCUGCACCAGGGAUACAGUUUGAAAUUACAAGUGCUGGUAACUUUGUAGGCACAUCAGCUGCAGUUUUCUCCUCAUCUCAGAAACGAUGAAAUCUACAGAAGUGGAUCCGGGGUUAUUCACUGACAGCUACUGCAAAGUGUGCAGCGCUCAGCUUAUCUCUGAGUCACAGAGAGUCGCCCACUAUGAGAGUCGAAAGCAUGCAAACAAAGUUCGUCUGUAUUACAUGUUACACCCGGUGGAUGGUGGCUGUCCUGCAAAGAAGCUUCGAACAGACAAUGGCAGUGUGGAGGGAGACGUGGACAAGAACAAGUGCUGCACGCUGUGCAAUAUGUCGUUCACUUCGGCGGUGGUGGCCCAGUCGCACUACCAGGGCAAGAUCCACACCAAGAGACUCAGGCUACUGCUGGGGGAGCCACCUGCUAUCACAUCUAAAGAGGUGACAGCCAAUUCAGAGCAUAUGGUGACUGAAGACUCGCCGGGAAGUCCUUCUAUUCAUGGCAGACUCUCAGAACGCUACUGCCAAAUGUGUAAGGCCUGGUUCAACAACCCCGGCAUGGCCAGACAGCACUACGACGGAAAGAAGCACAAAAAAAACGCAGCCCAAGCUAACCUCCUCGCACAACUGGGUAAAAGUCUGGAGGACGGAGAUGAUCUAAACGGCCUGAAGCGGAGUCACACAUGUGAGGUCUGCAGUGUUACGCUCAACUCCGUGGCACAAUACCACGCACAUCUGCAGGGCUCCAAACACCAGAACAACUUGAAGAACAAAUGAAGUUUGAUGAAGCUCCCCUAUAUCCCCUAUUUCAUCUCUACUCUUGAAACUAUUUGAGGAUCUGUCUGUGGAAGUCAAGGCAACUUUAAGACACCACAUGACAGCGAUAUCAGUUCAUGUUCUCUUGAUCCACUGUGUUCAUGACAGCAAUAUGGACACUACCAGUAAAGACAGAGACCUGGACAAUGAUAAUGGAUCAUGGACAAGUGCAUUUUGCUAAAUUUGUACAUAAAAGAAA